AUGGUAACUAGUGAGAGCUAUACCAGUAGAGCGGACAAGCAUGGCUCGCCAGUUGCGCAGAAGCUUUUGCGUCUCAUGGACCAGAAGAAAACGAACCUCUGUGCCCUGGUAGAUGUUCAGACUUCGAGCGAAUUUUUAUCGUUAAUCGACAAAUUAGGACCCUACAUUUGUUUGGUAAAAACCCAUAUAGAUAUCAUUGAUGAUUUCUCUUAUGAAGGCACGAUCGUUCCACUCCUUGAACUUUCCAAAAAGCACAAUUUUAUGAUUUUUGAAGAUAGAAAGUUUGCUGAUAUAGGAAAUACUGUGAAAUCUCAGUACAAAGGUGGUGUUUAUAAGAUAGCUCAAUGGGCCGAUAUUACCAAUGCGCAUGGGAUAACCGGUGCUGGAGUUGUACAGGGAUUGAAAGAAGGUGCCAAGGAAGUUACUGAAGAACCUAGAGGACUUUUAAUGCUUGCUGAAUUAUCAUCUAAAGGUUCAUUAGCAUAUGGAGAAUAUACCGAAAAGACAGUGGAAAUUGCCAAAUCAGACAAGGAAUUUGUUAUUGGUUUUAUUGCCCAAAGAGAAAUGGGUGGUGCCGAUGAAGGGUAUGAUUGGCUCAUAAUGACUCCAGGAGUUGGUUUGGAUGACAAAGGAGAUGGACUUGGUCAACAAUAUAGAACGGUAGACGAAGUAGUGUCCACUGGAACAGACAUCAUCAUUGUGGGCAGGGGGCUCUUUGGAAAGGGAAGAGACCCUGAAGUUGAAGGAAAGAGAUAUAGAGAUGCGGGAUGGAAAGCAUACCAGAGCCGGACCAAAGAAUAG